UUUGAGGCAAUGCAGCUCCCCCACCUUCCCUUUGUAUUUCUCUUUCCCUCAUUAACUCAUUAUCCUAUUCCUGUUCCUAUUAUCACUCAGAAUCCGCAGAAGCAGAUAGAAAGGAACAGAAGCAUAAGCAUAAGCAUAAGGAAGCAGAAAGCAGCAGCAACAGCUAUGGCUCGUGGAAAGAUCCAGAUCAAGAGGAUAGAGAACACCACCAACCGCCAAGUCACUUACUCCAAACGACGCAAUGGCCUUUUCAAGAAGGCCAACGAGCUCACCGUUCUCUGCGAUGCCAAGGUUUCUAUUAUUAUGUUCUCCAGCACUGGCAAACUCCACGAGUACAUUAGCCCCUCCACCUCAACAAAACACUUCUUUGAUCAAUACCAGAUGACCCUAGGAGUUGAUCUCUGGAACUCUCACUACGAGAAUAUGCAAGAGAACCUGAAGAAACUCAAAGAGGUCAAUAAGAAUCUUCGCAAGGAGAUUAGGCAGAGGAUGGGAGAUUGCCUCAUCGAUCUGAACAUGGAAGAUCUAAAGCUCCUGGAGGAAGAAAUGGACAAGGCCGCCAAGAUUGUUCGUGAGCGUAAGUAUAAAGUGAUAACAAACCAGAUUGACACCCAAAGGAAGAAGUUUAAUAACGAGAAAGAAGUGCACAACAGGCUCUUGCGUGACUUGGAUGCAAGAGCAGAAGAUCCACGUUUUGCAUUGAUAGAGAAUGGAGGAGAGUACGAGUCUGUGAUCGGGUUCUCAAAUUUAGGUCCACGCAUGUUUGCCUUGAGCCUACAGCCAAGCCAUCCUAGUGGUCAUAGCGGACCAACCUCUGAUCUCACCACUUACCCCUUACUUUUCUAGUAUCCAUCGGAAAUACCAUCUUCUCUCGGUUUUCAAUAAGUAAUAGCCCUUAAGUUUUAAGUUAUGUUCCCUCAACUUUACUUAUAUAUGUCACCAAAACAAUCUCACCAAUCUUCUGCAUGUUUCAAUUAUAAUUUGCAACUCAUCAACUAUUACUUCUACUGCUAUUUACCCUAAUCAUACCUCAUCAACUAUUAUCUCUGUAUGUUA